AUGCCCUUAUCAGUUAACUUAACUGAUAAAUCAUAUUGUUCAAUUAAAAUUAAUCAACUACUAAGUAUUAAUGUAGGACGCAUUAAUCAAAUUUAUUUUAAAAGAAAAUCUAUUAAUGCAACAUUUUUAUUUCAACAAUUAGAUUUAAUGAAAGAGAAUUUCAAUCUUACUUUCUAUUUUAAUAAUUCUCUCGAAGAUAGUUUUAAGAAAGCCAAUUAUACUGCAAACCGUUUUUCAAGUUAUUUCACAGCUAUUCCAUCUGUUAAAUGGACAGUUAUCGAUUCAGAAGAUUUAAUUAAAACGAAUCUAAUCGAUUGUGAAAGAAUCUUGACAAAUUUUAUAUCAUUAUUAGAACUUAAUACUUUGUCUUCAGAACUACAAAAUAUAAUUCAAUAUGACUCUUAUCAGUUUAUUGAAGAUUCAACUUGGUGGGAUCAAUCGAGUGUAGCUGAACAUAUUCUAACAAUGUCAAUACCAUCUCGUCCAUCGAAUUUAACAUAUUCUAAUGAUUUUUAUUAUUUACAUGGUAAUCGACCAUUUGCACAAUAUCUAUCUGAUAAUCGGCAAUGUUAUAACGAAGGUAUAUUUGCUCAAAUGCAGUCUGAAACAAUUACAAAUCGUACUUCAACUGAUGAACCAAAUCGAUGUUUAUCGAAACCAUUUGAUUGUGCUUUUGGUGAUUUAUAUUCAUUUAACGAUCGAGAGCAACUAUAUCAACAAUCGAAUAAAAAACCACUUAAAUGUGGUUUUGCCAUUCCAUCUAUUUUUGAUAAAGUUAGAAAUCGAUAUAGUCGUAAUCAUACAUGUCAAACUAUAAUUUUUACGUGUAUUACAAACUGCUAUGAUCCUCUACCUGAAGUGAAAGGUGAAAUCUUACCGUCAUUCUGUUUUGUUGCUUUGCUUGACACACGAACACUUAGUGCUUAUAAAAAACUCUAUUCAAUAAAUUCUAGUUUCAAAUGGGAUUUAAUUGAUUUAGGCAAUGAUUCUACACCAUUUAGUGUUGCUGCAAAAUCACCAGAGACAUUGAAGAUUAUUGGACAACGAAUGUUUCCAGUAGCAAAAUGGAUUAUUUGGAUUGACGGCAAAGGAAGUAUUAAUGAUAUUAGCGGUUUAUUAAAAGAAGCAAGGGCUCCAGUCAUUGGUGCUUCUCAUCCUGAUCCAAGACGAACUUCAGCAUCUGAAGUGAAUCCUACCAUUGGUCGUGUAAGUAUGGGAGAAAAAGCAUUAUCUAAAAGACUCAAUAAUUCUAUACUGGACAUUAAACUUCAAGAAAAAGAAUAUCAACGUGAUGGAUUUUAUUCUCGUUCAGAUCAACUCAAAUUAAAAAUGUAUGAUAUUGCAAUAUUUUUAUAUAGAAAUAAUCAUCCGUGUACUGUUCGUUUUUUAUGUGGAUGGCAUAAUGAAGUAAAUUAUUUUUCAUAUCGAGGACAAUUAUCAGUUUAUUAUUCAGCUGUCCGAUUGAAUUUAACUGAUUACUUACAUUUUUUACCAAAACGGUUUUAUUAUACUGUUGGUCAUCGUGUAGUUUGUUAG